UUUAUAUACGUUUUAUCGAAAUAAACUGAACAAAGGUUGUUUGUGAUUUUCGUGUAUUAUUAGAUGCGUAAAUUGUUGAAAAGGUUGAGUUAUAAAAAAGCAAAAAAGAAUUUGACAACCUUGUGGAAGUAAUAGAACGAAGCAGAAGUGAUAAAAUAGGUGGAUCAAGAAAACGGAUUUGUGUAACAUUGAAAAAGGUGCAUGGCAAGAAGAGAUGCAGAUAAAAUUACUCGGGAAGUUGAAAACAUCAUGUGGGUAUCACUUCAAGUCUCAUAAAAUCUUCUUGCAAUCAAAGAGAGGGUCGUAUAAUGGUCAUUGCAAAUGUAGUGGUUCAAUUAUUGGAGAAGUUAAAGAUUUAGAUAAAGAAGUAAUUACCGCAACUUGCACUUUGACUAAAGGUACAAAACCGUGCGGCAAACGAUACUUACGGAAUCCGCAAAGAAUGAAGAUGGCUCAGAAAUUAUAUGAAGAGAAUAUAUGCUCUUCGGUCUAUAGAGCAAAACAAGCAGACGAACUUAUGGCUGAAGAAGACCCUGAGUCUGGGUUGUUGUAUUCAACUAAAGUUCUGCAAAAUGCGAAAAAUGAGUACGUUAAGAGUGUGUGCCUUCACAAAAAUCCCAUGACAGCAUUAGCAAUACAAGUGGGUAAGUUGAAAAACAUCUUGAGGUUUCUAGCUCAAAAUCCGCUAAUUAUUUUCAUGUAGUCCAACCUUCAAGAGAAGGUGUAUAAAACAAACUGCGAAACAGGUACUGGACGUUUAGUUCUCGACGCUGCUAGCGGUAUUUGCUGCAAAAUAAAGUGAAUAGACUGCACAGAAUGGGGAAAUAUUAAAUUGUACGCAAUGUAUGUUGAAACUGAUAAUGGCCACUACAUAGUAGGCAUAAUGCUAAGCAAAUCUCGCAAUGCGAAUACAAUACAGUUUUUCCUCAUGGAAUUCGUGAGAUCGGGAACACCAACAGAAACCGUGUGUGGCAUGACACCAGCUUUAUUAAUUGCAUUUAUACGAGCCUUUAGUAAAUUCGACACAAUUAAUGAGUAUGCUG